AUGGGCAUAAACCAUACGUUGCAUUCCUUAUUCUUGUCAAAUAAUGACAUUGGUGGUAGUAUACCAUCUGCUCUAUGCGAGUCAACUUUUUUGGAAGUUCUUGAUUUAUCAAACAACAACUUGUCUGGAGAAAUUCCUGAAUGUAUUGGGAAGUCACAAGAGUAUCUUACUAUUAUAGACAUGUCAAAGAAUAAUCUUCUUGGGGGGAUCUCUGUCUCCAUUUGCUCAUCGAAAUAUGUUUCUCUGUUGAAAUUUAGUAGUAAUGGCUUGACUGGAGAAUUUCCAUCAUUGCAAAAUUGCAAAGGUUUAGUUAUCCUUGAUCUUGGAUAUAAUAAGUUUUUUGGAGCAAUACCAUUAUGGAUCGGAGAAAGUUUAACUCAUCUGACAAUUCUCGAUUUACGCUCAAAUAUGUUUUCUGGUAGUAUUCCACAGCAAUUAGCACAACUUGGCUAUCUCCAAAUUUUGGAUCUUUCUAGCAAUAAACUAUCAGGGCAAAUACCACGAUCCUUUGGCAAUUUCAGUUGGAGGGCUUUGAAAGAAGGAAGAAUAGAUAGAAUUGAUAAUAUGAGUUUCAAAGGUUAUAUUAUUAGUCUGUCCAUGGAUGUUAAGGGACAAGAACUUACGAUUUUGAAGAUACUCUAUCUAGUUGAGAGCAUAGACCUUUCGGCCAACAAUCUAAGUGGAGAGAUCCCGGAUGAGAUUACUGAUCUACAGACAUUACAAUAUUUAAAUUUAUCUAGAAAUAAUUUGAUUGGACAUAUUCCAGAAAAAAUCGGUGAAAUGCAAUCACUGGAAUCUCUAGACCUUGCAAUGAAUAAGCUUUCUGGUGAUAUUCCUCAAAGUCUUUCGGCACUGACUUUUCUUAGCCACUUAAAUUUGUCGUAUAAUAAUCUUUCGGGAGUAAUUCCAACAGGAAAUCAGUUGCAGACCCUCGAGGAUCCAUCCAUUUACAUCGGCAAUCCAUAUCUCUGUGGGCCACCAAGUGCGAGAAAUUGUUCCGCAAAUGAAAUAAAUUAUAUGGAUAAUAAAGAGCCUAAAGAUAAGUUUGAGUGGCUAUGGAUAUACUUUAGUGUUGUACUGGGAUAUCUAUUUGGUUUUGCAGUCUUUUAUGGUGUUUUGUUGCUCAAUAAUGCUUGGAGGAGCGCUUAUUUCUCUAUGAUUGAUAUUGUAUGUGACAAGCUUUGUAUUGUAACUAAAGUAACUUUGGGUAAAUUAAGACAAAGGCAUAGGAGAUGA